AGAAUUUUGAAAUAUUUUUCUGAAUGGCUACUAAAUCCAAUGUACUGGCUUUCCCCAAUUUUCUCCAUGAGUAAAAUGGGAAAAAAUUACAAGAGAGACGUUGAAAUAAUUCGUCAUUUCGAUAAAAAGGUUUUCAAGAGAAAAAAAGAGAAGGAAAUGCAAGUGCAAUAUUCCUUAAAGAAAGAAACACGAUAUGAAGAGGAACCAAAGAUGAAAAUAAAACAGCGUAUUAUAGAUGCAUUGUUGGAUCUUAAUGUCAAACAUGGUUUAAUGUCGGAAGAAGACGUUAUCAGAGAUAUGGAAGGCAUUAUUUUUGCGGGUUACGAUACAACCGCCCACACUGUCAUGGACUCUUUAUUUCUUGGGGAGAUUCCACGAAAUACAAGAAAAACUGUAUCUUGAAUUGCAAGAAAUUUUCAAAAAUGAUAUUAAUAGGGAUAUUACUAUCGAUGAUCUGACGAAAAUGACGUAUUUAGAAUGCGUAAUUAAGGUAACUUUUUAAAUUUCUUUAAAUACACUCAAGGAUUACUUUCAUACAUUACA